CGCGCGUCUGGCCAGACAACCAGAGGGCAUAUCAUCUCCUAUACUCUCGUGACUCGUCGCCUCGCCGCCCCCCGCUAGCUCAAUGAUUGGGGGCGCCAAGCCGCUCGCGGCGCCGCUGCUCGGCGCGACGGCCCCACCCGGGCGCCGCCUCGCCCCCGCCGCCUGCGCCCCCGACCCUUCCCCAGCACUCGCCACCGCCGCUGCCCAGAGCGCGGGCCAGUCCGACCGCGCCCCGCCACCGCGGCCGCCGGAUGAGCCCGCCGCCCCACCCACGGCGCUGCGGAGCACCUCGCAGCUCACCCGGUGGUCCCGCACGCGGGCGCUCCGCUCGGGCCGCCGGCUGGGGCUGGACCGCCCGGCGGCCUCCUCGGCGCCGCCAGUGACCAAGCCGCCGCCGACGCCCGCGCCCGCGCCGUCGCUGGUGCCCAAGGGCGCUGCGGCGGAGGACGACGACGACGACCUGUGCGUCGCCGAGAGGGACGCGGUGGCCGGGAAGGCCAUCUACAUGGUGUCGGACGGGACCGGCUGGACGGCCGAGCACUCGGUGAGCGCCGCGCUCGGCCAGUUCGAGCACUGCCUCGUCGACCGCCAAUGCUCCGUCAGCACCCACCUCUUCUCCGGGAUCGACGACAUGGAUAGACUUCUUGAGGUAAUAAAACAAGCAGCAAAAGAAGGGGCACUAGUUCUAUAUACCCUUGCCGAUCCUUCGAUGGCUGAGGCAAUUAAGAAGGCCUGUGAUUUCUGGGGUGUUCCUUGCACUGAUGUUCUUCGACCUACUGUUGAAGCCAUUGCUGCUCAUAUUGGUGUUGCUCCAUCGGGGAUUCCACGAAGUUCUCCUAGUCGAAAGGGUCAACUAACUGAGGAUUACUUCCGGCGAAUUGAGGCCAUUGAUUUUACCAUCAAACAAGAUGAUGGAGCUCAGCCACAGAAUCUCAACCAUGCAGACAUUGUACUUACUGGUGUUUCACGUACAGGGAAGACUCCAUUGUCUAUAUAUCUAGCUCAGAAGGGAUACAAGGUAGCAAAUGUCCCCAUUGUGAUGGGAGUGGAUCUUCCAAAGCCUCUUUUUGAGAUCAAUCAGGACAAGAUUUUUGGAUUGACGAUAAAUCCCGUGAUUCUUCAAGCAAUUAGAAAGACAAGGGCCAAAACUCUAGGUUUUGAUGGGCAUACGAGCAAUUAUGCUGAAAUGGAGCAUGUGAGGCAGGAAUUGCACCAUGCAAAUCAAAUUUUUGCUCAGAACCCAACGUGGCCAGUCAUUGGAGUCACUGGAAAAGCUAUAGAGGAAACAGCUGCUGUGAUUGUAAGGGUUUACCAUGACAGGAAACAGAAAUGCUCCAUGCCACGCAUAUCGAAACGGUACUAGAAUCAUGUUCUAACCCUUCUAUACACCUUGUAAUAUGUGUGUUUUUAUAACGCCCAUGUCAAAUGACCUUAGCCUUUGGUGGCAUUUGUAUAUUAAAGAUAAGUUACAUUGCAGUGCAGCAGAGAUAAAUGUAUAUUGCACUUUUGGCCUUCCAUUGGCCUCACAUUA